AUGAUCGGUUUGCAUCACAUGUCCUGUCUUAAUGGCGCCGUCCAGCGCGUCUGUACGGUUCAUGGCCUGGGGUCGCUCCUGCCGUUGACUGCGGCCAACUUGCGAGCGCCUUGCCAAAGAAGUUUGCAUGGGACUGUCGGCCCACAAGAGCGGAGGAGCCGUUGCGCAUCCGGCCUUUUCCUCUCUCCUAAACGGGCUGUCGGCUUCAUUUUGAAGCAGUGGCGACCGCUCCAUCGACAUAAUUCAGUUCAGCUGACGUUCUGCGAUGGGCUGUCGUCGGAAGGCCGGUCCCCCCCCGCGCAUGAAUCCGCCCGUCCCCCCUCUCCGGCGCUCAGCCUCUCGUGGAAGAAAGUCCAGAGGGGGAGGAACUCAACCGCACUUUGCGACCAGGGACAUGGAAUGAGGAGUUCUCGUUCUCUCCCGAGAUUAGGGGAAUUUGCGCCAGCAUGCGCAUUCCAACGACGCGGGCUACUCACUGGACCCCGGGGAGAGCCUUUCUCCAGGUGCUUCGCUCCCCAGCGUGGACUCGGCGGGAGAAAGGCGCUUGUCCUGAAUGACCAUGUCCACUCGCGUUUCGCGGCGCACUACGCUUCGUCGUGUGCCGCCGUGAACGGAACGGGAGGCGCGUCUUCGCCAGGCGUCGUUCGACGGGCGCGCUCUCCCGGAGAGAGAGGAGUGUCCGGACUCAAGAUAGCGUCGGGGCUUCAGGGGCUGGCGUCCAAGAGCGAAUCUCGAAAAGACACGACGGAGAAUUCAGGCUUGCAAGAGGCGCGUUGCAAAGAAAUCCUCAACAACCUCCCCAGCUACGUUCGCCUGGUAGAGUCCGGUCCGCUCCAGGUGUUUUUUUACCCGAUUGUCCAUGGGAAUUCUGAAACGGCUUCCCGUUCUCCAGGAACGAGUGGCUGUGGCACAAGCGCUGAGGCGUCUCAGCUCAUUCGUGUCCUGCAUCCAGAUUUCGUGUUCUUUUCUGCGGAUCCUUCCGCACCGAAGGGCGGAGAGUCAAGUUCCAGUCAGUUUCUUGGUUGGCUGUCGAAUCUCGGCAUUCUGCCACGCGUAUUCGGGGGCUUUCUUCCUUUCUCGGACAUUCGGGAACCGCUUGCGGCCGCCGACCGUGUUCGCGCGACUGUCGGAUUUCUAGACCGCCCGAAGGCGGCAACAACGAAUCGUUUACAUCAGCAACUGCUGCAGAAUAACCAAUAUUGCCGGGUGUACCUAGACUAUGCCUCGGCGUGCAGAACACUAAAGCAGAACAGUCGGAUGAAACCUCUUGGAGGCGAGCAGGUGCUGAAAGAAUCGUCUGCACUUUCUCAUCAACUGAUGCUCAGCUUUCCUGAAGGCUUCGAGACUCUGGUGGUCGAGAGAGCGCGGUAUAUGGGUGGACGGCUGGCAGAAUGCCUCAGUUCUGCAUGCAUGGAAAGACGUGUCUCGCUGGCACCGGUUAAGGACCAAGGUGACUUGAGGGAGAGCAACACAGACGCACUGACAAAGAACCGAGUUGUCAGUGUCGUAGUUUGCGACAGCGUUCUAGCAGAACGGACGGCACAUGCUCUGAAAAGGAUCGUAGGCGACCCUGUGUUCAUGAAGCAUCUCUUGUCAAGGAACGCAGGUUCUCAUAACUCAUCCCAAGGGGACCGGGGACCGCCGACUGUUGCCAUUUACAAAAACCCCCACGAGCAGCUGGCCUCGGCUCCACCCUCACAGCUUCCCUUGUUGUUUUUCCAGAUUUUUGUGCUUCCGUCUUUACUAGCUUGGCUUAUCAUGUGGCAAGUUCAGUUACUUGUGGGAAGGGGUUUCGGGUCACACCCGCUUGGCGACUUGCCCAUUCUUCAUCAGGCUGGCGAAGUUGUUGAACUCGACCUCGGCGUGGAGCAGCCUGUGGCUGAGACAGGCCGGGGCCGCCGACGGUUUGCCAGUGGUGUUAACGCUCCAGAAGAAUCAGCGGUGGCUAGUGACAUCGCAUGUGACAGCAAACCACGGAGUAUACAUACUGUGCGGUCUGAAUGGGAGCGCUUCGUGCCGUCUUAUGUUGUAUCAUUGUUCUCGUCUGGUCCCCUAGGGAGAUACACCGACCGUCGCUCAUAA